AUGGUGAAGCAAUCUCCAUCCAUAGUCACUCUUGUCUUUUUCGUUCUCCUCCUUUUCAUUUUAACUGAAGUAGAAGGGGCUAAAAAGUCAUAUGGGGUAUACAACACCAACCCCGUAAAGUUGUUUGUUUUUGGGGACUCGUAUGUUGAUACAGGGAAUUUUGCGAACUCAGGAUCAUAUAAGCCUCCGAGUGGAAUCACUUUUCCUGGAUCACCCGCAGGCAGGUUCUCCGAUGGUCGCGUCCUCACUGAUUACGUUGCUUCCUUUUUGAAAAUUGAAUCCCCUACACCAUAUAGGUUGAGAAAUUCCUCUAAUGUACAGUAUGGUAUAAACUUUGCUUAUGGAGGGACUGGUAUUUCCAAAACUUUGGUUGAUGGACCAAACGUAACGGUCCAAAUCGAUGAAUUUGAGAAGCUAAUCGAACAAAAAGUCUAUACCAUUUCCGACCUUGAAUCCUCAAUCGCUCUAGUGAACGCUGGUGGCAACGAUUAUACACAUGCACUAACAAAUGGAAGCGUUUUCGAUUUACCAGAUUUCACUGAAUCCCUUGUCAAGCAAUUAUGCCAAGAUCUUAAACGCAUCCACAACUUGGGCAUAAAUAAAAUAGCGGUUGGGUUAUUGCAGCCUAUUGGGUGUUUGCCGGCGUUGAAUUUGAUAUCUUUACGCACAACAUGUGUUGAGUUUCUCAACUCGAUCUCCAGAACUCACAACAAAAUUCUGCUCCAAAAUGUACAAGAAAUAAACAAGGAAUCAGGAAAAUCAGUUGUCAUACCAGUAGACCUCUACACCUCCUUCGUCUCCGCAAUUGAAUCGAUGCAAAAAAGAGGUGCAGGAAACUCGACAUGGAUGAAUCCAUUGCAACCAUGUUGUGAAGGAGUGGGUUUGGGAGAUUCUUGCGGAAAGGUAGAUGACAAAGGAGAGAAGAAGUAUCGCCUAUGCGAUAACCCAGAUAUUUCAUUCUUUUGGGACACAGUUCAUCCUUCUCAGAACGGUUGGCAUGCCGUGUUCAUGAUAUUGAAAUCUUCUCUCAGUCAACUAUAG